CGCAGAGAAGGGAGAAACUUCCCAUUUGUUCUUGCGAAUUGGAUCGAUAAUCUUAAGGAUGCAAACAAGAGGAGGGAGUUUUGGAUCAUUGGAGGAAGGAAAAGAAGCCAUUAAUGUCAGAACACUAAAUCAAUCCACCAGGCCUGUUCCUGUAAGGCUGCUUCAGUUCAUCCUGCUUCUGCUGGGGCUUGGCAUUGCAUUUUCGUUCCUCAGUUUGUACCUCAGCCGCAGCCUGUCGAUCCCCGGGACCGUUUUCCAGUCGAUGUUAUUGCAGCCGUGCGUUCAAGAAUCGACAACCCUCGCCACCUGGAUAAAGCCUCCGUCGAACCUUCUGCAUGAAAUGAACGAUACCGAGCUCUUUUGGCGCGCUUCACACGUGCCCGUAAUUCGACAUUACCCGUUCGAGCGAAUCCCGAAGAUCGCAUUCAUGUUCUUGACGAGAGGGCCGUUGCCGAUGUCUCCGCUUUGGGAGAAGUUCUUCCGUGGGAAUGAGAAGCUUUAUUCGAUCUACGUUCACUCGUCGCCAUCUUAUUACCGUCCGGAUUUCGCAUUGUCGUCCGUGUUUUACGGGAGGCAAGUUCCAAACCAGGUCGUCGAGUGGGGAAAGAUGAGCAUGUGCGACGCGGAACGGCGACUUCUUGCGAACGCGCUGCUCGACAUAUCGAACGAGUGGUUCGUUCUCGUCUCCGAGGCCUGCAUUCCCGUCCAAAACUUCGAUACCGUCUACCAAUAUGUCUCGAGAUCGUGGCUCAGCUUCAUGGGCUCGUACGACGAUCCCGGCCCUUACGGGAGAGGUCGAUACGACGAAAACAUGACGCCGGAGGUCAAUCUCACCGAUUGGCGCAAAGGGUCGCAAUGGUUCGAAGUGAACCGGAAACUAGCCGUCAACAUUGUUAAGGACACCGUAUAUUACCCCAAGUUCGAGCAAUUCUGUAGACCCGCGUGCUAUGUCGACGAGCAUUACUUCCCGACUAUGCUGACGAUACAAACCCCUCAUCUACUCGCCAACAGGAGCCUCACCUGGGUCGACUGGUCGAGGGGGGGAGCCCACCCCGCCACAUUCGGAAAGCGCGACAUAACGGAUAAUUUCUUUAAAAGGAUUCUCGACGGCGAACCGUGCACCUAUAACAAUGAUUCGACGAAGCUAUGUUACCUUUUCGCCAGAAAGUUCGCCCCCGGCGCCCUCGAUCAGCUGCUCGAACACUCGUUCGAUUUUCUCGGGUUUUGAGAGAUCAACAUUUCUUAUUCUUUUCUGUCAACAUAGGCAUAGAAUGCUGAACAGAUUCAUAUAUAUAUAUAUAGAUCGAUCGAUAGAACGAAGAGUUUUUAACUUAAC